AUGUGUGAUCAGACCUUUCUCGUUAAUGUAUUUGGCUCCUGUGACAAAUGUUUCAAACAACGGGCUCUGAGACCAGUUUUCAAGAAAUCUCAACAGCUCAGCUACUGUUCAAUGUGUGCAGAAAUUAUGGCAACCGACGGGCUGCACGAGAACCAGACGCUGGCGUCGCUGAAGAGCGAGGCCGAGUGCCUCAAGGGCAAACUGGAGGAAGAGCGGGCCAAGCUGCACGACGUGGAGCUGCACCAGGUGGCCGAGCGGGUGGAAGCUCUGGGGCAGUUUGUCAUGAAGACCAGGAGGACCCUCAAAGGCCAUGGGAACAAGGUUCUCUGCAUGGACUGGUGCAAAGAUAAGAGAAGGAUCGUGAGCUCAUCCCAGGAUGGGAAGGUGAUCGUGUGGGAUUCCUUCACUACUAACAAGGAGCAUGCAGUCACCAUGCCCUGCACGUGGGUGAUGGCCUGUGCGUAUGCCCCGUCGGGAUGCGCCAUUGCAUGUGGUGGUUUGGAUAAUAAGUGUUCUGUGUAUCCACUGACGUUUGACAAAAAUGAAAACAUGGCUGCCAAAAAGAAGUCUGUCGCUAUGCACACCAACUACCUUUCGGCCUGCAGCUUCACCAACUCAGACAUGCAGAUCCUGACAGCGAGCGGCGACGGGACAUGUGCCCUGUGGGAUGUGGAGAGUGGGCAGCUGCUACAGAGCUUCCACGGCCAUGGGGCUGACGUGCUCUGCCUGGACCUGGCCCCCUCGGAGACGGGCAACACCUUCGUGUCUGGGGGAUGUGACAAGAAAGCCAUGGUGUGGGACAUGCGCUCCGGCCAGUGUGUGCAGGCCUUUGAAACACACGAAUCUGACAUCAACAGUGUCCGGUACUACCCGAGUGGAGAUGCCUUUGCUUCAGGAUCAGAUGAUGCUACGUGUCGCCUCUACGACCUCCGGGCAGACAGGGAGGUCUCCAUCUAUUCCAAAGAGAGUAUCAUAUUUGGAGCAUCCAGUGUGGACUUCUCCCUCAGUGGGCGCCUGCUCUUUGCUGGAUACAACGAUUAUACCAUCAACGUCUGGGAUGUUCUGAAGGGGUCCCGAGUCUCCAUCCUGUUUGGACAUGAAAACCGCGUUAGUACUCUCCGAGUUUCCCCUGAUGGAACUGCUUUUUGCUCAGGAUCAUGGGAUCAUACCCUAAGAGUCUGGGCUUAAUCAUCUCCUCACGAUGCACACAUGGG